UUAUAUAUGUUUCCAUGGUAAAAUUGAAGAAUAAUGUUUUAAUUCAUUGAUUUAUAAGAUUUUCUGUCUGUUUCCAAGGUAAAUAAAACAUCAGAUGCUGGAAAAAUCUGUGAAGAAUAUGAAGUUUGCUGUUUUUUCCUGUGUCAUUCAUCCAUCAACUCAACUGUUUGACAAGUUGCAUAAUGGGGAAGCAAAAAAGAUAGAGACAGAGAACGCCUGGAGAGCUCAUUAUUGUUAUUUCGAAGUCUUUUCUUUUUUUUUUAAUUUUAGACCUACGACUUUUUUUUUUAAAGUCCCCAAUUUUGACUUAAGAAUCAUGUAUUACAAGUCACAAAAGAUGUGUACAAUUAUCAUGUCUCCUUCUUCAUGGCCCCUCCUGAAUCUUCUUUGGAUUCAUCCACUUCCUUUUCCUUUUCAGACGAUGAGUCAUCCUCGUUUGACAAUCUUCCCCAAGUGAUUGACGUGCCUUUUCCUAACCUCAACACUCUUGCAACAGAAAGCGAAAACAACGGGAAAGGUUGUGUACACAAUGAAAAACGAAAAAGGGUGGUCGAUGUGUUACUGCAACAGUCCAAAAACGGCAAACUUCAGCACGGUGUCAUUAAGAAGGUAGCUGAGGAAUUCAGCUUUUCAGUGAAAACAGUCAGCAAGCUUUGGGCAGUAGCUACAAGUCAACUCGAGGGUGGUCUACCCGUUAAUGUUGAAUGCAAAAGGAAAGGGAAUAGUGGCAGAAAAAGGCUCCCUCUGGACAUGGAAAAAAUGGCAGCAGUGCCUUUUAAUAGGAGAAAGAACAUGCGUGCACUUGCCCAUGCUAUGGAUGUGUCAAAAUCCACCGUCCAUAGAUGGCUUAAUAGGAAAAACAUCAGGAGGCAUUCAAAUGCCAUCAAGCCACUACUAUCUAAAAGAGGUAUGCUUAAUAGACUGAAGUUCUGUUUGGAUCAUGUAACUGCUCCCUCUGUCCCCAUUAGCCCAAAAUUCCAUGACUUUUAUGACCAUAUUUAUAUUGAUGAGAAAUGGUUUGACAUAACAAAACAAACCUCAACAUACUAUGCACUGCCAGAUGAGGCAGACCCAUACAGGACCAUCCAAAGCAAGAGUUUCAUACCAAAAAUAAUGUUUCUAGCUGGUGUUGGUAGGCCUAGGUAUGGGGAAGAUGGGGAGCUUCUAUGGGAUGGGAAAAUAGGCAUUUUUCCAUUCACUUAUGAAGCUCCAGCUCAAAGGUCUAGUAAGAACAGACUUGCAGGAACAAUGGAAGUAAAGCCCAUCCCAAUCAUAAAUAGAGAAGUGAUGAAGAUGAUGUUGCUUACUAAGUUACUGCCAGCCAUUAAAGAAAAAUGGCCAGGACCAUCAAGGAAUAUAAUAGUACAGCAAGAUAAUGCUAAGCCUCAUGUGGAUGGCAGUGACCCUGAUCUUAUGGAAGCUGCUCAAGAAGAUAAUUGGAACAUCCAACUGAAGUUUCAGCCACCCAACAGCUCGGACCUAAACGUACUUGAUCUUGGAUUCUUUAGGUCCAUUGACUCUCUGCAAGACCAAACAGCAGCUAGGUCCUUGACAGAGUUGAUUCAAGCUGUUACAACAGCUUAUGAAGAACUAUCACCAGAGAAACUUAAUAAUGUAUUUUUGACUCUUCAAGGGGUCAUGGGUGAGGUUCUAAGUCACAAAGGAGUAACUGAUUCCUCCUCUUCCCCAUCUUCUUCGUCACAGCCCCCUUCAUCCUCUGAGGGAAAAUGGCCUCCCCCAAGGUACUUUUUCCGAUACCACCAUGUCGGAUCUGUAUCGGAUGUUCCAGAUCCGCUGUCACCAGAGUCGUAUUUAGGGAUAACAGGUUUGAGAGAAUUUGGGGUAGGCAAACGAGAAAGCCUUUCUUCGUCACUAUCGCUUAAUAGCUUGAAGCUGGGCAUCGAAGAGUCACGAAUCACCAUGGGUGGUGAUUCAAUUUCUCAAGAAGAAGGGAAGAUAGAUCGGAACAGAGGAGGAGAGGAGAGGGGGUACAGUGCGGCAAUGGGGAAGUGGAAUGGGCAGGAGAGAGAAGGUGGAAUUAUUAGGGUAGGAUUGGGGUGGGUUGGGUAGUUUUUAGGUUAAAGGGCAUAAAUGUCCGGUUUUGGGAAAAAAGAACUUUAUUUAGGGACGAAGAAAAAACGAAAGUGAAACUUUAUUUAGAGACGGAGGGAGUAGAUAAAUAAUGUUGUUAAGUUUGACCUGUGAUGACUAAAGAGACAAUUUAAAUUGAUAGAGGAGACUAUUAAAUGAAGGGCAGAAUUGGUA